AUGAGUGUAGCUUCCCUUUUUCUUACCCCCCUAAAGGGUAAACUACUUAACAAAAUGAAAAACGACAAAGGCUAUCUACUGUACAGCACGGUGACCAAACGCUUUGGAGAACUUCACCAGCCAAGAACAAAAAGCGAAAAGAAGAGCCACCUCGAAAUGAUUGACGAGGUGUACUUUGACAUGGCGGAUGCCAUGAGAGAAAAAAACAAACUCGAAAUGGAAGAAUAUAGCAGCCUACACAAAAAUAUUUCAGAAAUUAUAUUGAGCCAUAACACAUCUAAGAAGAACCAAGUUGUGAAGAACAUAAUGCGAUACUGCAUCGAGUUAAGCAGAAGUAGCAAAAUGGACGAUCAAAGAAAUAAAAAAAAAAAAAAAAAAAAUGCGGGAGACACCAACGAACUACAUAUAAUGGAAGAGGAAGAACUAGAAGUAGAAGAGGAAGAAAAAAAAAAAGACGUCCUGAAUAUCAUCAAGUGCAACAUAAAAGAGCACUCUAGUCAGUUCAAUUCAUGCGAAAUUGGAAUCAUCCUAAAGUGCCUCCUCAAAAUCAAAGUGAACGAUCCAUGCAUGGUGAACACACUGCUGAACCACUAUUUUAGACGAAAUAUGAAAUUUUCCCAGUAUGGGUCUUUAUAUGUACUGUACGCUUUUGCCAAGUUAAAGCUACUACCUGAACAUGAAAAUAAAUUCAAACUACUCUGCGCAGAUGUAGUAAAAAAAAUUAACAAUUUUGAGUUCAAAAAUGUAUGCUUAAUUUGUAACUACUUGUCUUCCUUGUACAACUUUAACACAUUUUACAUCAGAAAUGUGGUGCAGCAAAUAUGCUCUUAUCUUAUUGGGAAAAAUUCACACAAGGAAGACCCCCAUGAGAAAGACGCAGGUGUAUACCCUGAUUCAGUGUGGUGUCCCGAUUCCAUUCACUACGUGGCGAAUGCAUGUGCCAGGGUUAACCACUUGAACAAAGAUCUGUUUCUAUUUUUGAAGAACAAAAUUGAAGAGAAAGCUGCGUACUUUUCCAUAGACCAGCUCGUUUCUCUAACCAAUGCGUACAGCAAAUUCAAAAGUGCAGAAGAGGCAAACUUCCUAACAUUAUACAUACGCAUAGCAGAAGAAUUAAUAAAUAAAUCAUAUUUGCUGAAGCCCAGACAUUUGAGCGUUUUAGCCAACUCGUUUAAUAAUGCAUGUGUGUUACAUGAGGAACUCUUCCAUAUCAUUACAGAAAAUAGUUUACACCUUUUAAGUUCUUUUGAACCAAAACAGAUCGUAAUGAUUAUACAUGCCUACGUAAAUAUCGGCUUAUCAAACAAUGCACUUCUAGAGUCCAUCUGGAAUACUGCCGCCGUAUUUAUUCAGGAGUACACCCUACAGGAAUUAUCCAUGUUGUUACAGGCCUAUACAAAAAGUUCACAACACCGACAGGAAUUCUUCCACCAACUCAGCCGCAAAAUUUAUUCCCUCAUUACAACUUCUUAUCCAUUUCUGGAACAGAAUGAGAAUCUCAAUUCUAUAACGUACAAUGAUGAGAAGUACUUGGACAUGAUCGAAAAGGCAAAAGGGCUUGACAAUUUAACUCCAGAAAACAUCACAUCAGAUAAACUCUUCCCCAUUUUAUACCUUUUCAUUAAUCACCAAUAUUAUUGCAGUUAUAUGGAUAACCUCUCAAACAAGCAGGCCGCCAAACAGGAUUGUUCUUUCCAUUCGGGGGAGCACAUCCAAAUUGAAAGCCCCACAAACGGAUCUCCAACAAGGAAUGAAUUGAAUUCAAAUGAAAAUGAAAACAACUUUAAUGGACACACAUUGAAUGAGCACAUGAAUGAGUCAUACGCUUUGUUUACCAAAACGCUGGGGAUGGAAGAACUUCCUCCCUCUACUCAAUGUAAUAGUCAUUUGAGUGAGACGCCUCCUUUGACCCAAACCUCAUCUGGUAAAACUAAACAACAGAAAAGCGUCGAUGCACUUGAGGAUCCAAACCCUGACAACAGGGAUGACACGCUCGUGAAACAUCCUCAUGAGUAUCGCUCCCCCAGCGGAAACAACCCCCCAUCCGAGGUACCAAAAAUGAACUACUCUAACGGCUCAAAUAACCAUUCCAUGCACAUAGACAAAAUGGAACAACUGUUAAUAACACAUCUGAGUAAAGACAUAAAUUCCACCUUAAUAUGCUCAAUAAUUUAUUCCUUAAUUAAAGGGAACUGCUUGCUCCAGUACGACUUACUCAUAUGCUUAUCCAAAUUAGCACUCAUCUUUCUUCAGCAGUUUAAAAUUUCAGAGCUGGCCAAUGUCUGUUCUGCUCUGUCAGAGGCUUACGUAUGUGCGUCUGAUGAAAAUAAUAGACAGAAUGAACUCAUAGCGAAAUGGCAAAAUGGGAGGGACCCCGAGGGAAUCCCUGAUGAGGACGCUGCUCCGUCCCAAACUGCUUCCCCAUCCAGCGUGCGGACCCGCUCUGCGAAAAACAAAAUUGAGAAAAACGCACCAUCUUACGAUGAAAUGCUGUACAAUUCUUCCAAACAAUAUUUAACCAUGUGCACCCUCUUCUUCGAUAACGUGCAAUCAUAUUUGGGAAAAAAAAAAAAAUCAUUUACCGAUGUGCACAGUACGUACAAAUUGAUAACUGCCUUUGGGGGCCUGCGGAUGAGCAAGUACUCCUCCAUCUCUUUACAUUUAUUUAGUCUCUCUCUCCUGGAGAUUAAGCAGUUGUCCUAUUUGCCCCUCCAAAAAAUGGCAAACGCGUUCAUGCAAAUGAACGUCUACAAUGAAGACGUCUAUGCAUUUAUAAACAAAAUACAAAAGACGAAAAAGAACAAUUGA